UAUUCUGGGGGUCAUGUGUGAUGUUCAUGCAGCCAUCUUGUCUAAAAGUGUUUUGGUGUUGAAUAGUUCAUCAAUUUUAGUGAAAUUAUCUCAAGAUUUGUGAAGUUUUGAAAGUCGUAACCUCGACAGGUGUUUAGGUGAAGUUUGUAAAUUGUUGUCACAUAUUUGUGGAGAAUUUUCUGUUGCGGAAGCUCGGAUAGCAGCUUGAAUACAGCUCUUCGGUAUUUGCGCCAAGUAUAUGUGAUGUCGUUGUAGGGGGAAUGAAUAUGGCAAAGAAGACAAUGUUGAGCAGACUAUGUUUCAGGAUAAUGCUCAGAAAAAAAUGGGUGCUGUAGAUCACUACAGCUCCAGCUAUAACUUUGAGAGACUGAGGGAAACCAUGAUGUCUUAGUCAAGACAGCUGCUUUAUUAAGGCACCAUUGGAAGAAUGAGUCGAUCUGGCCGUAACUAUGGCAAGAAGCCACCGGACAUUGGUCUGCAGAUGGAGUGCCAUGAUGAGGCACUUACGCCAGAGCAAGCUGCAGCAUACAACAAGGGGGAGAAAGAGUACAAGGAGGUGACAGCCAAGUUGGAGCAGAUGAUGAAGAAUCUUGGUGCAGAGAUAAUUGAGAAAUCAGAUUCAGUCUAUGUUGUUCAAAUGAAUAACAGCUCUCCUCCACCGGUCCCUGCUUUAACAGCAAACACACCAAGCACAGGCAAGUCUGUGAUGUCUCCUGCAACACGCCAAUCUACAGCCCUCAUUGCUCAACCACCACCUGCAACCAAUGCCAUGGUACAGGCACUUCAGACAGCCACAGGUCCUGUCAUUCUACAGGGUUCACCUCAGGCACAAGGGGUUAUGACAAGAGCAUCUACUGGAAGUACUCUGCACACACCGGGUACCUACCAGCUGGUGAUGGACCCACGGCUCGGACUUAUUGUGGGCACUGUCACGUCACCGCAGACCACACCAGGCACACCAGUUAUCCAGAAUACUACAAGUCUCGCUAAAACACCUACAUUCGUGAGUAGUGCACCAGCCAUCCAGACCCGGUCAACUGUGAACUCUCGCAGCAGCAGUGUGAGGAUGCAGACGAACACAACACCCAGCACACAGAAAGUUACUGCUGCACAGCCUCCGGCUAAAAUGAAUGUGGUAUCUCCUGCUUCAACACCAGUAGUAUCCAGCCCCACAGUGCCAAGCAUUAGGAUCAAGCCACCAAAACCACCUCCUAAUCAGAAAGCUUCUAGCAUCAAGACUCCCUCUGCCUCAGCCAGCAAGGUGUCAUUGCCUUCCAAUCCCAUUGCUAGACCCACUGAAGGCAAUAGUGUAGGUGGGCUCUCAACAGGUCCAGGCAGUAAACCUUGGAGACCUACAACCUCAGGCUCAGUAAAUGCUCCUUUGGUAGACCUGACAGAUGAUGAUGGAAAGCCACCAAGUUCAAAUGUGGCUGAUUCUAGAGAGGUGACAUUCAACAAACUCUCAGGCAAGACAUUUCCAUCCCUUGUGGUUGUCGCUCGUCCACAUCUUCGUGUCAAAGAAAUGGCACAGGGCACUGUAAGCCAGGAAAGAGCGGCCCUUGAUGCGAAGGUGAAGAGUGUACUGAUGUUUACCCCUACCAAAUUUACGGAGUGGCUGAUACAGCAGGGCCUUGUGCGCAGUGAGCAGUACUGCACCACCCAUUGUAUGCCUGACAGCACGACACCCAUCAGACUGAAGCUUGGCAUGUAUUCUGACGUUAGCAAGUUCCCUUACAGCGGGGGCUAUGUCUGGAUCAGCGAGUGCUGCCCUCAGCGAUUUGUAUCGGUAUUCAGUGGAUCAAUCUAUGAGGGAGCACCUCAUCCACCAACAGUUCUCCUGAAAUUAAUCUAUCACUGGGCAUGCCAAACAAAUGUUCAGAAUGUGGUGCAGUGGGUGAAAGUAGACAACUUCUAUGUGAAGAAUUUCUUCACAAACAUGCGCAGCAUCUGCACAGCAGCCAUUCAUGAGAAAUAUGAGAAGAUGGGUGGACUCAAGAAAAGAGUUGAGGUAGGAGUGAUUAGUCUGGGAACCACAUCACAGGAUGGCAACAUGCGCCAAGUGAAAGUUGAGGUCCUGGGUGUCAUGGAUCCAGAGAAUAAACUUAUCAGGCUUCGGGCUGUAGAACCCAUCCAGCAGGAGGGAGAUCGCAACUACAAGCGACGAUUUGUCAAGAUCUUGGAGCCACUGGAACAGUGGGUCAACAAAGAUAGCAUCAUCCUGACAGACUUUACUGUGGACAAGAGCACCUUGCACAAUAUGGGUUUUAGCUCUGUGUAUCAAGUGUCUAUCAGUGAAGCACCCACCCCACAGAACAAGUACAGUAAUCAAAAUGUUAUGGAGUACCUGAGGCGUAUUGUGCCACGCAUGUUUCAGAACACACUGUCUCUGCUGAGCAGGCAGAUCAUACAGCAGUUUCUGGAUGAACUGGUAUGGAGAGAGAGGUGGGGACCUGUUGCUUCUCAGGCAUUUGACAAUGUCAUUGCUCACAUGGCUGAGCAAACCAAACUGGAGACAGACGAUAGUCUGCUGAUGCGUCUGUCACGAGUGGCAGCGAACCCAUUCAAGCACUGGCAGUACUCAAGCUGGAAGACAGCUCCCACUCCAAAGACACCAGUUGUAACUAAUGGCACACCUGCAACACCACCAGAACCACUUCCAGGACCUGUCAGCUCAAUUGAUAUGUUGCCGCAAAGCAUCCGAAUGGUGGAUUCCCCUACCCCACAGUCUGGAAGACGUGGUCGAAAACGGAUUGUGCCGCAGUCAGAUGCUCCAGAACCCAAGAAACCUGCAACAUUGUCUCCGUCUGUGCCGCCUGUACCAGAAGAGCAGACAGUGCUGGAUUCUUAUUACUAUGGAACUCUGGAGGGUGAUGCACAAAUCAUAAAGGAGGAGUUCAAAAAUUCACUCACCAUUAAGUGCUGUGUCUGUAAUCGGAAAUACUCAAACAAUAUCUUGCUGAUGAAGCAUCUCAUUAUGCACGUGCAGUCAGAUAACCAGUUCUUGACAGAACUCAGUGACCUCACCCAGUGCAAAUACUGCCUCAAGUCUUUUCCUACUCCAUUUUCUAUGCAGACGCACAUUGAAGAGAUCCAUCUGAAGAUGACAACAAGCUUAGUGUGCCGUAUCUGCGAGGAAAAGUUCCGGGACAGGCCAAUGCUUAUCGCACACAUGCACCGCACACAUAUUGAAGUUGAAUUACCUUAUGAAUGUGGGAUCUGCAAGUUCCGCUCAUCAAUGCACCGAGAUGUUAUUGACCAUUUUUAUGAGGUUCACAGUGGGGGUGAAAAGCUACAGUGCCCAUUCUGUCUGAAGACAGUAGCAUUUGCUAACUGUGGAAAGAAAAUGUCUGCAAAUGUCAAUUUCUUCCUGAACCACAUUCAGAAACAUCAGCGUAAGUCAAUUGCUCGCAAGUGCAAUAAGUGUGCUAUGUGGUUUGUUCACAAGGGCAUCCUCAAAGAACACCACAUUAAGGACCACAGUAGCUUCAAGGGUGUUCCAGGAGUGAAACCAUAUAUGAACCCAACGGGAGUGGAUGUAAUGAUGCCUUUGCCACCAACAUCCUUGUUUUCCCGAUGUCCACUCACCCAGAAGCAGCAGCCGUAUGGAAUCAAAUCAUCUACAAGUUUUGCAAACAAGAUAUUUGAGCCACCUCUGGAAAUAUAUGGUGUGCAGACAGGCUCUACUUGUUGCGAGUGUGAGGGAGAUUUCCUCGGAGAAGAUCACUUCCCAGGCUACCUGACAUGCUCAAGAUGUCGCUUUGCAACAUGCUGCGGUAAGGCCAUGAUGGAGCACAUUGUUGUGUUCCAUGAAUCGGGCAAAAGUACACCUGAAUUUACACUAGGGAGAAUGGUGCAGCUUCCAGGAGACAUGUUUUGUGUGUGUGGGUUUCAGAGUUCUAGUGGCAAUAGACUGGCAAACCAUUUGGCAAAGUGCGAGCGUAAGAGUGCUUACCCAUCUCCAGCCAGAGCAAAGUCUGCCACCAUCCAAUCAGCUUCUUUUCCACCACUGGUCACGUUAGAUGAUGCUGACAAUGCCAGUGAAGAUCCCAGUGAUCGCUGGCUUAAGGCUUUUGUCCCAAGUCGCAAGGAGGAGCCUGGAGAAGGCAGUAGGGAUGCGCCAGACAAGAAGCAGGCCCCUCAGCCAGAGGGUGGAGAUCCCCCAAGUAUGCUAAACAUCCUGGGUCUGGUGCGCAAACCUUCGACAGAUGAGUCGAGUCUUGAUCGUGCCCUGUCCGAUAGUGAGGGUCUGCCCGAUGGCAAAACAGAUCGACCGCAGCAUGCGGCAAGCUCAGAACAGGAACCACCAAAGCAAGAAAACGACAUGAUCCCCUUAUCGGGGGCAACAAGUGAAGAUGAAGGUAAGAAAAUUGCAGAAGCAAAUGAGGAGAAGAUGGAAGUGGAUGAGACAGAAACUAAUAGUGAUCAGCCAGUAGCUCCCACAAGCACAGAUGACAGUGAACCUGUAGAGAUGUUACCCAAUGUCAGUGUUCCUACAAGAGAUGCACUACCAGACAAUAGUGAAGCGACAGAAAUGUUACCUGAUGAAAGUGUACCCACAGAAGAGACAUUGCCAGAUGACAGUGAAGCUACAGAGGAGAUGUUACGUGAUGACAGUGUGCUUGCAGAAGAGACUUCGUCAGAUGACAAUGCUCCUGCAGAAGACAUUUCACCAGAUAACCAUGCUACUGCAGAGGAUACAUUACCAGAUGACAGGACAUCUCCAGUAGAGGUAGAAGAGAACAGUCAGGCAUCUGAGGCAGAAGACAAUAGACCAACCUCACAUCAACCAACUGCUACAGCAGACAGCAGAUUGUCUCCUCCCCUGGAAGCAGAGGUCAGGAUUCCAUCUCCUGUGACAGAUAGUGAGAGUAAAUGUUCACACCCUCCAGGUGACAUUGAAGAAAGUGUGGUUUUGCCAUUGUGCAUUGAAAAUGAAUCAUCUACAGAAAUCAAAGGCUCUGGUGAACUCUGUCAGGAGGGUGAGCAGGCAGGUGAUACAGAAAUCAGAUUACCAUCAACCAUCGAAACUGAAGCAGUGUGUGCUGAAAACAGAUCUCCUAUCUCCCCAGUUGAUAACGAAGUGCCCUCAUUGACAGAGGACAAGGUUGCAGAUACUCCUGUAGAAAGUACAGAUAUGUCAGUAGUAGAAAAUUUAGUUCCAUUAUUGCAGAAGGAUGGGCCAUUGUCUGAAGAACGUAAAGGCGAGGCUGAAGAAAUACCGACUAAUGCUACUGAAUGAAGAGUUUAAAUUGCAGUUCCUUAACUUCUGUUGCCAUUUUCUUUUGGAAAUAUCUAAAUCAUAGUGGGUGGCCAAGAACUGCAACUGGACUUGCGCCGCCUGAUGCUGCCACCGUGUUGCAGGAAUCUUUACCUAGUUUUAAGUGUUCAUAUUACCAUGAUAAGUUUAGUGUAAUGGCAUGUUGGUAUCAAGAUUUACAGUGUGUUGAUACA